AUGGAAAAGGUUCCGAAUGAAAUCUUGAUACAGAUUCUGGAAAAAUGUGAUACUGCAGACUGGAUAGGUUUCAGGGCGACGUCAACACGAAACCAUGCCGUUGGAAGCUAUGUGCUAGGCAAGUCCCAAACUUUCGAUUUCCGUCACUAUAACAAUCACUGUCACUAUGGAAUUUGUCGUUGUCUUAAUGUGGAAAAUGAUGAGAAGAUAAAUGGCACCAAUUUGAAUCCAACCAAGAUGAUAAAUUUUAUGGGAUUUCUACCAAGUCUUCGGAAGAUUGUGCUUGCUGAUCUACCAUGUGUAUUAACAAUGAGCGAUAUGAUAAAACUCGGGAAAUCGGUUCCCAAUGUUCAAAAAAUCAUAAUUAUCCAAAAUGAGGACAAAAAGUGGUUAGGAAAUGAUGUUUUGAUGGGACUAACAUAUUUCAAAUCUCUAGUCAAACUGAAACUGGAUGGAUGGGAGCCGACAACAAUAACUAGACGAGGAUGUGCAUCUCGCAUUGAAGCAAUACCACAAAGCACACUCCGUAAAUUGGUCAACUUCCACAUCGUCUGCAGGCAGGAGACAGUAUCAACAGUGCUUCGGUACAUUAUUGAUAAUGAAGUUAUCAUGGCGAAAUGUGUCAAGGCCAAGUUCAACGUACGUCUCUCUUCGCCGGAUAUUCCGCAUCUUAUCUUGAAGUUCAUCGAAUUCCAUCGAAAGAUUCAAAAAAUCCAUUUCAACGGAUUCUUGUUCACUACACAAGAACAAGUGCAAGCAUUUUAUGACCAUCUACUGAACCUCCCUCAACUCGAAACAGUCCAGAUAGAGAACUGCUCUGUGAUUGAGAGAAUCGAGCAUGCACUACAACGCACAUUCUUGGACGCGUUGAGAAAACGGGGAAUCAAGUUCACAUGUUUGGUAACAAGUUUGAGACAUGGCUACUGA